AUGAAUACUUUCACUAGAACAACGAUCUCCCACUUCAUAUCCUCCCUCCGUCCACCACGCUUCCCUAGAAACGGAAUCCCAUGUACGGCUUCGCCGGAGAUUCGCCGCCCCUCCGAUCGCUUCUACGGCUCCUCUCCAUCGACGUCUCGCCCGGAGGACCUGAACCUCUUCCUGGAGCUGCUCCCUCUGACGUUGCCGAGGGAACUGUAUCUCCACAGCGAAAUCGGAGGCCUCAUAGAGGUCGUCAUGGAUUUGGGUAGAAAACCUCUGGCACGGUUCCCUUCCGGUGAUUGGGUCAUCUCCGAACAACCCAUUGCGCAAGAGGAUUUACGCCAUGCCAUUUCAAAGGUUGGUGAGUUUUCUGAUGACAACAGGUCAGGUAUUGAUAGGUCUUUGCAUCGGAUAAGUGCGAUUCGGAAUCGGAAAAUGCAAAUCAUUGGGCUUACUUGUCGUGUGGGUCGAGCUGUGGGUGGCAGUGCUGAAAUCAUCCGUGAUUUGGUUGAGGAUGGAGGUUCUAUCUUGGUCAUUGGACCUCCUGGAGUCGGUAAAACAACCUUAAUCAGAGAGAUUGCUAGGAUGCUGGCUGAUGAGUUCUGGAAGCGUGUUGUAAUAGUGGAUACCUCUAAUGAAAUUGGAGGUGAUGGAGAUGUUCCUCAUGCAGGAAUAGGCAGGGCCAGGAGGAUGCAAGUUCCAAAUGUGAAUAUGCAGCAUGGUGUUAUGAUUGAAGCAAUUGAAAAUCACAUGCCUGAAACCAUUAUUAUUGAUGAAAUUGGAACGGAGCUUGAGGCAUUGGCAGCCAGUACUAUUGCUCAAAGAGGAGUUCAAUUGGUUGGAACGGCACAUGGAAUGACCAUUGAAAACAUAAUAAAAAAUCCUUAUCUUCAGAUUCUUGUUGGUGGCAUAGAGAGCGUGACCCUUGGAGAAACUUCUGAUUUAACUAACAAUGAUAUCACGAGUUCUGAAAUUGAAUCUAGUAAGGAUGAUAAAGACCAUCCACGUACUUGGUCCACGAACUGGAGUACCAGUGUACCUGUGAUGACGAGGAGUUCACGAAUGCAAGUUUAUACUUAUAAAAUUCUUGAAGCUGAUCUACUACAAGUUGCAAAGGUAAUGGGGCUUGAAGAUGUAAUAGAUGUGACUGAUGACAUUGGAACUGCUGAAGCAAUUCUAGCAUCCAGUUCUGAGAUCCGACAAAACCCAUGGAUCCGUGGUGUGGCAAAAUUCCAUCACGUACCUGUAUUUGUUAUCAAGUCCAAUACCAUGGCACAAAUGGUCAAGGCAGUGCGCAUGAUCCUUGGGCUAGAAUCCUUUGGCCCUACACCAAAGAAGGCAUUAAAUGAAUGUUUGGAUAUUGAAAUCGAGGAUGAUGAACCUAAACGAAAACCAUCUUUGGAAGAGAUUGAUGCCUUGGAGGAGGUCAGGCUUGCAAUAGAGUACAUUGUGAUUCCUGGUGGAGAACCUGUGGAACUUCUUCCUAGACGCUCUGAAAUUAUUGCCCGGCAGCUUGAACUCGUUCAAAGUUAUCAGUUGGCUGCUGAAAAGUCAGGUAGCGAUCAGAAUCCCAGGUUGCAAAUUCUUCCCUUGAGGCUAAAUACAAAAAAACCCUCUAAAUCUACUAUUGGCCGUAAGAAAACAAGUCCUACCUCAAUGUCUACUGGUGACAGCGGCAAUGGCAUCAGUGUCACCAAGGCUUCCUAUUUUUCCUGAAUAAUUCAAAUUCUUUCCCAAUUCUAACAUAUUUCACUUCACUGGUUUGUACAUGUAUGAUGCAUAUGUAACAUGUACAGUCAUGCAAGUGGUGUAAAUAAUUUAUUUAUAGCCUAAGAAGAGCUUGUAGCUCAAUUGGGGUGUGACAUUUAUGACGGAAGUUUGAUCCUCCGCCAAGCUACCCCUUCUUGUUUCAAGGUAUAUAUAUAUUGAAAAAAUCAAUCUACAUAAAAUGUAAUAUUUAAUUAUUUUACUCCUCCAAUAUAUUUCAAUUUAUAAUGGUA